AUGUGGAUGCUGGCGUUAGGUGGGGUUUUCCUGGCCACUGCCCAGGCCUGUGUCCUCUGCCACCUCUCAGCCCGUGACUUGUCGGGCCGCCUGGCUCAACUCUGCAGCCGAGUGGAGGUUCUGUGGAAGGGCUGUGGGGCCUCCUGGAGCUUCCCGGCCUUUGCCUUAGAUGAGGCGUCCAUGAACAAAGUCAUAGAGAAGACUCACAGAGUCCUGAGGGUCAUGGAGAUCAAAGGGUCUCUCUCCUCCCUCCCCUUGUAUUGGCGUUGGCUGCAAAACACCAAGCUCCCCGCGUACACCAGGGAAGCUCUCUGCGCGCCCGCCUGCCGGGGCAGCACCAUCCUGUAUAACUGUUCCACCUGCCAGGAAUUCAAGGUGCGCUGCUGGCCCCGAAAGCGCUGCCUCCCAGGAAGUCACGAUCUUCGGGAAGCCAAGAUUCUGCUCCUCUCUGUCUUGGUAGCUGCCCUGCUGCUGGGUGUUAUGAGCCUCGUGGUGGAGUCCAGUUACAUGGAAGCAGAAAGGACAAGUGAAGACCCGGACAGCCUCCCAGCCUCCUCCAGUUCUAAAGACCACGAUGAAUCCACUUCCCUCGGAGAGGAUCAGCCAGCCCCUUAGUUCCAAUCCCCAAGGUUCAGCCUUCCAGACCCCGAAGCCCAGACGUCCCCACGGUCCCCGUGUCAGAGGGCCGCCAGGGACCCAGGCACCGGCAGCUGGGAAG